AUGGACGUCUCAAAGAAGAAAUCGGCGCUAAAAAAGAAAAAUGCUGGCAGCAGGGCAGCUUCAUCGAGCAAGAUCAACGAUGCUCGGUUCGCAAAAUUCGAGACCGAUCCCCGCUUCCGCCUGCCGUCAAGGCGCAAGGCCAAAACAGUUCUGGACGAGCGGUUUGCGCACAUGCUGGAAGAUGAUGAGUUUACCGGAACCACGAAGAUAGAUCGGUAUGGUCGGAAGAUCAAGUCGGAUAAGAAAAAAAUAGCACUGGAACGGCUCUAUGAAGUAGUCGAUAAGGACGAGAAUGAAGACGAGGAUGAAGAUGGGGGUGAAGCUGAAGAGGAGGAGGAGGAUGACGACGACGACGAUAUGGACGACGACAAGAAGAUACAGCGCGAGCUGCAGCGCAUCGAGAAAACAUACGACCCUGCACGUGGUGGUGGCUUUUCUGAAUCUGAAUCGGAUUCUGACUCGGACUCGGACUCGGACAACAGUGACGGGUCAGACGUCGGGGAGGGGGGCAGCAAGUCAGCAGACACGCAGCAGUUUCGCGAAGAGGAGGCUGAGGUUCCGCUGGGUGAGGUUACCAACCGCAUUGCGGUGGUGAAUCUGGACUGGGACCAUAUCAAAUCGCGCGAUCUGAUGGCGAUGUUUUCUAGUUUCCUGCCCAAGGACAGCGGGGGGCACAUUGAGCGAAUCUCCAUCUAUCCGUCCGAGUUUGGCAAAGAGCGGAUGCAGCGUGAGGAGCUCGAGGGCCCCCCGAGAGAGAUCUUCAAGAAGAAGCGGGGCGGUGAUGACAGCAGCAGCGACGACGGAUCAGACGACAGUGAGGACGACAGCGAAGACGACGAAAAGGUCAAGAAUGAUCUGCUCCGUGAGGAGGAUGACGAGGAGGUCGACGGCAACGCUCUGCGCUCCUACCAACUGGACCGACUGCGCUACUACUACGCAGUCAUGGUGUGCUCGGACAAGAUCGCGGCCGAAGCCAUCUACCGGGCCACCGACGGACACGAAUACCAGGCAUCGUCCAACUUUAUCGAUCUGCGGUUCAUCCCCGACGAUGUGACGUUUGACGACGACGAGCCGCGUGACGAGUGCACGGAGGUGCCCACAAACUACAAGCCGGUCGACUUCGUCACAGAGGCACUGCAGCACUCCAAGGUCAAGCUCACGUGGGAUUUGCAUCCGGAGGAUGCGUCACGAAAAGACCUGGUGAAGAAGGCUUUCUCGGGAACGCCAUCUGAGCUGAUUGAGAAUGAUUUGCGGGCAUACCUCGCCAGUGGCAGCGAGGAUGAGGACGAGGAAGAGGGAGAGGACGGACUUGGUGGUGAGGAUGACGGGGUAGAGGUGGUGGACAGCACCGUCAAUGAGGCUGCGGGUGAGGAUGAGAAGAAGGAGGACACGGGCAAAGCGCCGAAAUUGAGCAAGAAGGAGCUGGCGCGACAGAAGAUGCGGGCGGCACUGGGGCUGGCGGCCGAGCCGACCAAGGGCUCAUCAUCAUCGAGCAAGCGCGAAAAGGCAGUGGGCGACAUGCAGAUCACCUUCACGCCGGCACUGUCGGAAAGCAGCAAGAAGAAGAAGGCACAGGAGGCAGAACCAGAGACGACAAUCGAGAAGUACAAGCGCAAGGAGAAGGAGCGCAAGGAGAAGAAGCGGCAGAUGGCGAUUGCCAGACGCGAGGGCCGGAAUCUCAGCGAUGCAGAUGAGGAUGCGGAAGAGCAAGAAGCUGGAGAAGCAGAGGGUGGGGAGGGAGAGGAUCUCGGCUUUGACGACCCGUUCUUCACGACGGAGGAUGCGGCGCCAGCAGCCGAGGCGGCCGCACCGGCUGGGAAGUCCAAGACGGCGCUGCGCAAGGAGGAGCGGCUCAAGAAGCGGGCAGAACGCGAGGCCGAGGCACAAGAGAAGGCGACAGAGCGGACGAAACUGGAGGAGCUGAUGGCCGAGGACGGGGAGCCCGUGGAGCACUACGACCUGCGGGAGGUGAUGCGGGCCGAGAAAGCCAAGAAGAAGAUGGGCAAGAAGGGCAAGAAGGGGAAGAAGGAGGCCGAGGAGCAGGCAGCGAAGCCGCAGAAGGACUUUGUGGUGGACAUGACGGAUCCGCGAUUCCAGGCCGUCUUUGACGACCCCGAGUUUGCCAUCGAUCCGUCGAACCCGCGCUUCAAAAACACGCCCGGUAUACAGCAGGUGCUGACGGAGAUGCGGCGGAAGCGGAGGGGCGAUGACGACGGUGAGGAUGUCGAUGGUGACAAGGAGGCAAAUGGGGGCAGCAAGAGAGCCAAGAAGCCCAGGACGGCCAAGAUGGCCAAGACAACAUCCGAAGACGCUGCCGGCUCGAACGACAACGAUGAGCUGGCGAGCCUGGUCAAGUCGGUCAAGCGGAAGGCCAAGAAGCCAUAG